AUGACCCAGGAGCAGUUGCUCUCGAGCCUGAAGAAGGAUGUGCGCUCCCUGCUCAUCUCAGCCAAGCAGGGCCUGACCCCAGAUCAGCUGAAGAGAGACUACAUCAACAUGCUGGGCCACCCCAUGCCCCUGAGGAUCCUUGGCUUCCGCAACGUGCUGGACAUGAUCCGCGAGAUGCCCGACGUGGUGUAUGUCCUCUAUCUGGGAGAUGGCAGCAUAGUGUUGAAGGCCGUGGCUGAUGACGCCACCAGAGGCAUCGUGGAGUUGGUGGCCAAGCAGCGCAGUGCCAAGAAGGCCCCUGCUCAGCGUGGCGGUGUGGGCUUCUUCUCCCCACGCUACCAGCAUCACAACCCCAUGGUCCUGCCGCGGCGUGGCCACGUACCCCCGGCCCUGCCGGCUCAGCUCCGGGCCCAGCUCCACCAGCUGCUCUCCCAUGGGGCCGUGGGUCUAUCGGAGCUGGAGACAGCCUUCGCCCGCCGCUUCGGCUUCCCUUUACGUGUCAACAACUACGGCUUCUAUUCCAUCGCCGAGAUGCUGGCGGCGGCCGCCGACCUGGUGGCAGUCACACAAAGCAGGAUGGGCUCCCAGCUGUCCCUCAGGAGGGCAGUGGUGGCAUCACGGAUGAGGACCGGACCAAUAAAGCCGUUAUUCCCAUUGAAGCAGACCUUCAAAACGGUUCCUAUCGUAAGGCAGAUGACCCAGACAAACUCAGCGCCCCUCCCUGAGGCUGCAGUCCUUAACAGCCCAGAGGGGGACCAGGGCUCUCUGCCAAUGGAUUACACAACACCACAGCCUGAACCUGAACCCACGCAGGAUGGACAACUGUUUCAGAAGUGUGUCAUCAAGCUGGAGGAGGAGCUUAGGCAGCGUAUUCUGGAGAACGGGCAAGCGGGCACUGUCAGUCCAGAACUAAAGGCCAAGCUUCGCCAGGUUGUAGCCCAAAACAGUGAGGGACUAUCCGUCCACGAUCUCCCUGCAGAAUUCAAGAGGGUGUUUGGGGAGGAGCUGCCGGUGGUCCAGAGUGGCUUCAUGAGUACCACGGAGAUGGUGGGCGCCCUGAGCGACACGCUCUACCUGCAGCGCAUGGCGGGCAACGAGGGCAACCAAUGGGUGGUCAUGGACAUCCAGAAUGCCCCUGGACACACAACGCCUCAACAACCAGGAACGGCGGAGCCCGAAGGCCCUGUUGAGGGUGUCAAGGCUCUGAACCCAUCAGGUACGGGCUACUACUUCAGCUGUGGGGAGUCUCCCUGGGAGGGAGAGGGAGGCGAGACCAAGCCCAACUUGGAGGAAGACAUGGAGCUCCGCAUCACCACCAAGACCUUCUACCAGAUGGUGGAUAUGUACGGCUCGUUGCCGGUGCGUUGUCGGCGUGGGGCGGUGAUUCCCCCGGACGCCAUGCGGGGCCAGAGGCUGAGGGCCCCCACGUGCAGGGGCCCUCGGGAGCUGGUGGCCGUGCUGGUGGAGCACGUGGAGUCACCCUCGAACUUCUACAUCCGCUUUGAUGAGAGCCAGGAGGCCCGCGCCCUGGAGAACAUGAUGAUUGAGAUGAGGAGCUGCUACACCUGUCCCGAGGUGUCGGAGCGUUACCGUCUGCCGGAGCGCUACGUGCGUACGGGCCAGGUGUGCUGCGUGGCGCCCCAGGGCAUCUGGUUCUACCGCGUGGUGGUUCACCGUGUCCUCAACGACACCCAUGCAGAGGUCUACUACGUGGACUUUGGAGACCUCACCACUGUCCAGAGGAGCAGCCUCAACUUCCUCAAGUCUUGUUACUCAGAGCUCCCAGCACAAGCAGUCCCGUCAUCGCUGGCUGGAAUCAAGCCUUUCGGUGGCAGCUGGAGUGCCAACGCCAAGACCUCCUUUCAGAAGCUAUGUUGUGACCGUACCCUGGUGGCAGCCCUGCAUGGCUACCACGCCGACUUCCUGCAGCUCUUUCUGUGCGACACGCACACCGAGGAGGACGUGUACAUCCACAGCGCCCUGCAGGCCCAGGGCCAUGGGCUCUGCUGCGCCCCCGCCGUCAGCGCAGCGUUGUGUAACCAGUUCAACCCAGUGAGCCUCUAUCUGGGCGAAGGCGUGUUCGGCGAGGGAAUGGAAAUAGAGGAUGAGGACCCCACCCUGGAGCCUUGCCACGAAGCCACCACCAUCACUUUCCAGCACACCACCCAACCCCUGCCCAAGAGCUCCCCUUGCCCCACUCACACGAUGGUGCAGGGAAUGGCCCCUACUCCGGUCGCCCUAAGCGCAGCACGUCCCAGCUUCAUGGGCGUCGGAGCGUAG